GGUAAAGUAACUAUUUUAAAAACUUAUGAGCGAAGUAUAUUUUACCCUAAUUUAUGUUUUAGUCUUUGUAUGGCAGAAGCCCAUUAGAAUAAAAAAAAAACAAAAAAAGCCUCUUGUUGAAUCCAAAUUAGAAGAUUAUAUAUGUAAGAAGUGUGAAAUUUGAGAGACAGAGAUCUUUGAUUCCGUACUCCUACUAAUUUUGAAAGAUGAACGGUGGCCCGUCCGGUUUCAAUAAUGCUCCAGUGACAAAGAGCUUUGUAAUUGCAUGUGCGCUCUUCACCGUAUUCUUUGGGAUCCAAGGCCGUUCUUUCAAGCUCGGUUUGUCCUAUCAGGAUAUUUUCAGAAAACUUAGCAUAUGGAAGUUAAUUGUAUCAGUUUUUGCCUUUUCAUCUACACCAGAACUGAUGUUCGGACUUUAUCUACUAUACUACUUCAGGGUCUUUGAGCGACAAAUUGGUUCCAACAAGUACACUGUUUUUAUCUUGUUCUCAAUAAUGGUUUCACUCCUCUUUGAGGUUAUGGCUCUGGCUAUCCUUAAAGAUCCGACAGCCAACCUGCUCACUUCUGGUCCUUAUGGCCUCAUAUUUGCAUCAUUUGUACCGUUUUAUUUCGACAUCCCGGUUUCAACAUGGUUUCGAAUUUUUGGUGUUCACUUCUCCAAUAAGUCUUUCGUUUAUCUAGCUGGUCUUCAGCUUCUUCUAUCAUCUUGGAAAAGAUCUCUCUUCCCAGGAAUAUGUGGCAUUCUUGCCGGUUCCUUAUAUCAUCUAAAUGUUCUUUGCAUCCGCAGGGCUAAGUUCCCUGAGUUUAUUACAUCAUUCUUGUCACGGUUUUCUUGGUCUUCAAUGGGGAAUCUACCUACAGCACCAGCAAGGAAUCUUGCUGGAAAUGUGCCUUCCUUCACAACUCGCCAAGUGGAGAGAACCUAUCCACCUAUUGCUGCACCUUCAACCGUAGAGCCGCCAGAGGACUCCAUUGCUACUCUGGUGUCAAUGGGUUUUGAUCAGAACUCAGCCAGGCAGGCACUUGUGCAUGCUAGAAAUGACAUCAAUGCUGCCACAAACAUUCUUCUUGAAGCACAGUCCCACUAAUUCAACACAAGAAUUGCGAGUCCAGAUGUUAUUUCAUUGGUAUAAAUGCAUGAUCACACAAAUUUCUACACUUUGAUGACAACCAAUUUGCUUUUGCCUCCAGGAAUUUUGUAGCAUUGGUGAGAUCACUAUGAAGUAGUAUUUUCUUCCAUUUCUGUUAGUAGCUAAGUAGGUUGAGGUGAAGUAAUCAUGCACCAAUGCAACUGAAAGCUGGGAGUUUGUAAAAUUGUUUACCCCAUGCAUGUUCUCAUAGAUACUAGUAUUGCAUGUGGGGCUUAUGGUCCAAAAUUACUGAUGAUUUUGUAAAUUUGUUUGAUUUGAAUGGACAAGUUAGGUACCUUUCAGUUCCUGCCAAAUCUCCUCAUUGGAGUAUAAGAAAAAAAGGCAGAUAAUAUAUCAUGGAAGCAAAUGACUGUCAAAUUGCCUUUAGUUGUUUUCCUUUGCAUGUGCUUUCAUGCAUCUUUAUUUCCCAAAUUAUGAAGUGGAUUUG